CAGUUUAACUGAGAGGGGAUAUACAGGUACUUAUUGGGGAAGUUCUGUUCUGUUCUGUUGUGAAUCCCAGAUCUUUCUUUUUCUCUGGCUCUCUUUGGUCAGCUCAUCAGCCAAGCCAGCCACUAUGCCGACUGAUGCCCAAACUGAUGCUCGUUCCUUCUUGAGCGAGGAAAUGAUUGCGGAGUUCAAGGCUGCCUUCGACUUGUUUGACACAGAUGGAGGCGGUGAUAUCAGCACCAAGGAGUUGGGUCAAGUCAUGAGAAUGUUGGGUCAGAACCCAACCAGAGAAGAACUGGAUGCCAUUAUUAUAGAGGUUGAUGAGGAUGGCAGUGGAACCAUCGACUUUGAGGAGUUCUUAGUCAUGAUGGUGCAGCAGCUGAAAGAGGACCAGGCUGGAAAGUCAGAUGAGGAGCUGUCGGAAUGUUUCCGUGUGUUUGACAAGAAUGGGGAUGGGUGGAUUGACCGUGAGGAGUUUGGUGACAUCAUGCGCGCCACUGGAGAACCAUUGAUGGAGGAAGAAGUGGACGAAUUGAUGGCUGACGCAGACACAAACAAAGAUGGCAAGAUCGAUUUCGAUGAGUUUCUGAAAAUGAUGGAGAACGUCCAGUAAGAGAAAAAACACAUUCCUUCAUGCCCCAUUCUUGACAAGAGGCUGUGGUGAAAAAACAGAGAACUAACACCUUGGAUACUAAUGAAAGAAGAAUGAAGAUUGUAGGAAAAUCAGCAGCCGAUGGUGAUAAAUCGACCAUAUAUUCUACUGUCAACACUUUUCUGGAGAUGGCUGCUGGUGGACAUCUAUAAAUAGCUAUGUGAAACCCUUGAAGUGGACAGCUAACACCCCCCCCCCCCCCCCCUUCCCCAAUCUACUCCCAUUCCUCCUCCUCCCAAUGCACCCUUGAGACUUUCCCUCCCACCCCUUGCCCCUCUCUCUCAGCUGUCUUCUUCCACACCUGCUACUUCUGGAAAGAUACCCGCCUACCCCAUCCCACCCCUUAUUUGAGUCUCCUCUUGGGCCCUCAUCGUGUGCCCCACCCUCUGUAAAAUGUUUCAAAAUAAACCAGCUUCCAUCUUUGCCUCAGAAUCCCACCUCCAUGUUAUACAUUGAUGUUAAAGAGACUUCAAAUGGUGUAAAACACUCAGAAACUAAACCAUUUAAUUCAGGAAGUUUGUGUGUUCAGGGAAUUUAUUUCUUCUUGAAUUAGACAACAGCCCUGGCAGAGACAAACAGAAUCGGCUGAGCUUCUCUCUACUUGACAGAAAUUACUGGAAUGUUUACAGCAUGUUGUUUUUAAUGUAUUUCUCACUGUCCUUUCCAGUAAAAUUUCCAUGCCAUUAUUGCAAGUUGA